CAUAAUCCAGAGACUACUUCGACAAAAAUCACCUUAAGGUAUCAUAACUUCUCAGAAGCGAGUUACUCAUCUGCACUGAAUCAUGUUGAGCACAGCAGCUCUUAUUCUCAUUGUCAUCUGUAAAGUUGCUGUAGGACAGGAUCACAGACGGGCUGUUGAGGGACAGAUACUUCAAAUGGAUAUGGAAUUGGAUUCAGUUGAUGACCAGUAUAAGGGCUGUAAAAAAAACAUGUCAAAUCUGGUGAGAAUAGAAUAUCUAAACAAAGAAAUAAGUGGAUCAUCUGACUUUAGAAAAGCUUGGCAAGAAGGUAAAUGUGAGCAUCGUGUACCAGAAGAUAACUUGACCAGGAACCAUUCAGUCGCCAUUUAUGUGUACACUAGUGACACAGUAGGCCUAUAUGCUAAAUUCAAUGAAAUUGUUCGUAGUGGGAAAGACAGCUACAAAAACAGGACAUACACGUGGUAUUCACUUCAGUUUCUGUUGACAGAAGCCAUUCAGAUUCUAAGGAAAACACAAAAAAAAUGCAGAUUUACUUAUCGUGGUACCAAACUUCAGUUUGAUGAGACUGUUCUGAACAAAGAGGUUCGUUUUGGCUUUUUUGCGUCCUCGUCUCUGAAACGUGAACAAGCCGUGGAGUUUGGUACAGUUUCUUGUUUUGAAAUCAACACUUGUCAAAGUGCUGAUGUGGCAAAAUACUCCAAGUUUCCUAAUGAGAGAGAGGUCCUGAUACCCCCAUAUGAGACGUUUAUCGUCACUGCUAUCAAGAAGAGAGAUGAGAAUGAUGUCUGGUGUGACACUGUGUUUGUGUUGAAGAGCAAAGGAAUAAGAAGUGAUUUAAACUGUGCGGUGGCUUCAGUCGAGUCUCAGAUACAUCACAGAUCUCAGUCUGUCUGGCCCAUGGGCCUUUACAUCUUCAUUCAUUUCUCUUCUUUAUAUUAACGGUUGCUAUUAUUGUUCUAACAUUGGAUACAUCCUGUUUUUUUGGUGGAAAAUG